AUAAUGUCAUUGACCUAUUGUGUCACACGUAAGGUUUUAAUUUGAUUAUGUACUAAGAAUUGAUUAUUGAACAAAUUUUUUUAAUAUCUCUGAAUAAGUAGUCUCCAAAAUGUGGAUAGACGAAGCAGAUGGCUUUGCCGAAAUUUUUAAGGGCUAUUUGCCCUACUAUCUGCUUGUGGCUUUGCCUAUUUUUAUCAUCAUGUCCCCAGUGAACCCGGUUACAGCUUCUCAUGAAUUUUCUGUAUAUAGAAUGCAACAAUACGACCUUCACACAGUACCCCAUGGAUGCCGCAGUGCCAGCUUCAACUUAGAAGGCCGAUCACUCACUUCUUGGAGUACAUCCCGCCAUUGUGUAGUGGCCAGGGUGGAAGAUAUCAGCAUUGAGCAGUUCAUGGAGAUUAGGAGCAAAGCUGGUGCACUGCUCCUGGUGCUGCCCAAAAAUGAUACUGUGUUGACACCUGAAGACAAGGAGCACAUUCAACUUCUUGAGAUGGCAAUGAUUCAGAACGAGGUCAAUGCACCUGUAUAUUUUGCUCAGUGGACACCUGAUUUUGAGGAUAUCCUGAGAGACUUGCAGCACAGCUUCAUCACCGAUGACAAGUCGAAGACGGCUCUGGAAGCUAUGUUUAACAGUGUCUCUUCCAAUGGAUACCAAAUUGUGGUAUCAGCAUCGACCCCUCAGAAGUUAGACUCCAAACCAGUGACCCUGCAUGGCAAGUUGGUGGGACGCUCGGGAUCUGCGCAGACCAUAGUGAUUGCCGCGCAUUAUGACUCUUCUGGUGUUGUGCCUGAAUUAUCCCAAGGCGCAGAUUCCAAUGCGUCCGGCGCGGUGGCCGUGCUGGAGCUGGCUCGCAUCUUCUCCCGGCUGUACUCGACGCCUGCGGUCCGCGGCGGGCCCACCUUACUCUUCGUGCUCACGUCCGCCGGACACUCCCUCAACUACUUCGCUGCUAAGAAGUGGCUGGAGGAGCAGUUGGAUUCAGCCGACGCUUCAUUGCUGCAGGAUGUAUCCUUCGUCAUGUGCCUGGACUCCAUCUCAUCGUCAGCAACCCUCACCAUGCAUGUGUCGAAGCCACCGAAGCCUGGUGGUGCGGCACACUCCAUCAAGUCGAGACUCGGAGUGCCUAUCAACCAUAAGAAGAUCAACUUGGCUGACGAGACUCUCGCCUGGCAGCACGAGAGGUUCAGCAUUAGGAGAAUGACAGCAUUUACAGUUAGCGCUUUACAGAGUCACAAAGAGCCAUCAAGGGGAUCGCUUCUGGAUACACCAUCAGAGCUCUCAGCAUCAAACCUGAUCAAGAAUAUAGGUGUCCUGGCGCGCGCCCUCGCAUCGCACGUGUACAAUCUCACGGACGAAGUCAACGAUGAGGACGCCAUGUUGUAUGAUGAACUAUUGGGCGUGGACGAGGUGGCCAUCAAACAUUGGUACAAAUAUUUGUCGUCGCAACCCAGAGCUCCGCAAAUAAUCACCACACUGCCACCAAAUGCUGGAGUGACGGGAGCAUUGGAGCGGACGCUGUCCAGGUACAUGGAAAUCACCGUGAGUACGCACACGGUCGACAAGCGUGAACCGGAGUAUACGCUGUACGGACCCACCCGGGCGCAGUUGUAUGUUUACAGUGUAAAGCCGGCCGUGUUCGACUUGAUCCUAACGCUGGCUAUCGUGGCGUAUCUCACAGUUGUAUACUUCGCCAUACAAUUUUUCCCGCGCUUCUACGAAGAGUACGCUCGUUUAGUCACUGGAAAGGCCAAGGUGCAAUAGACUACCAACUAAGUCUAAAGAAAACUUUAUGUCUUUAACCAUAAGAGUAAUUUUGCUAUAUCAAAUAGCAACUAUUAAUAUAAAAGAACACAUACCUAUAGCUGAAAAUACCUCAAAAUAUUAUACUAUACCUAAUAUGAUGUAUAUAGAUUUUAUUUAAAAAAAUUGCAUCUCUUAAUGUGACAGUUUGAUUUUUUUUAAGCAAAAAUAAUCUUUAAAGUAACUACGAAAGAUAUCAAUUUACGAAAAAUCAGUAAUGUAAAUAAUAAAUCAUGAUCGAAAUUACCUCCUUUCCAUCCUUAAAUUAUUUUAGAAUUUAAUCUUAUAAAAAAUAAUUACUUUAUUUUUAAAAUAUGUUAAAAUAAAAAAAGAGAAUGUUGACCAAAAUGUACACAUGGAAUAAUAUUAAGCAAUACACUUUAUGUAAAUUUAAAUUAAUUUAUUAAGAAUUUAAUAUAUUUCUUAUGAAAAAAAAAAACAUGUCUCGUUUAUAAGUAUUAUUAUUAAAGUUAAGAUGUUAAAUGCAUUUUGUUUGUACAAAACUACAUUACAAGGAGGCUUCUUAUUUUGUUGGUACAUUUUUAAUUCGAUAUUUUACCGCGUAUUUCAGCAAAUUAUAUAAAAUGGAGAAUUUCUACAGAAACGGUACAGCCCCCAUAGAUGUUUUGAUUAAUAAUGAAUGAAAAAGACGGUAGAUGUUGUUAACUCGUUCUAUCUCGUGCUAGGCUCGUUUGCCAGUUGUCUAUGGGAGCUAAACUCACAAAUUAGAACGGUACCGUAGUAACAAAUCGAGAAAUGGCUUAAAGUCAGCCAAAUGCUAUCGAGCAAUAGGCUAUAUGUUUAAAUGUGUUAGGAAAAGUAAGGAAAACUUGAUCAUGAAAGUGUACGAAUUAAGUUGUAUGUAGGGAUCGGUUGUGAGCACACGUGUGUUAUCUAUUUACCCCAUAAUGGGGUGGCGUUAAGAUGUAAAUUGAUGAAAACUUGAAAAUUGAAAUUUGAUUUACUCAUACUCCCUUAUUCAUAAAAAUGUUUAAACUUACAACAAUUAUAGUGUUUUGUCUUUUUUAUUUUUACGUGUUUCUCAAUUUGAAAGAAAGAGACAAAAGAUUUAUUGUUAAAAUAGAUCUGUGAGUUUGUUAGAGGUAUUUUACUGUCAUUACUAUACAAAUAAGCUCUUAAAAUUCGACUCGGUAUAUCCAUUUAAAUUUACAUUUGUGAUGUACAUAAUAUUAACAAGUCAAAUUUCAAGUCUUUACCAUUUUUUUUUUAUUAAUCGAAUGGUGGGAAUAUGUUAUAUUGGAUAAGAGGAUUGGUUUAUUAUGUUUUGGUAUACUUAUAUCAGUAGAUGAAGCAAUUUUUUUUUUUUUAGAUUUGUGUUUUUAAAAAUUAAAAUAUUACUAAAAUAAAUAAUGUAAAAAUUUAUAUGUAAUUUGGUUUUUAAAAAUAUAUUUGAUCAAUUUUUUUCAGUAUUUUUUUUUCUAUUUAAUCUAAAAUUAUUUAGUGCAUUAACGCAAAUAAAUUGCUUCGGCUACCAAUAAAAGUUUAAAUAUAAAGUGAUAUUAUUGGUGAAUGUAAUGUAUGACGUAGGGGGAUUGGAAUGAACAUUGGUAAAUCGUGUGUAGAGAUUGUGAAAUUUCGAUUUAAGUUAUAUACAUAUUAAGUAUUAAAUACAUUUAAUACUUAAUAAUUGAUUUGUGAUCUAGAAACGAAAAUGGUCAAGUUGUCGAGUGUGUGGACAGCGCCUAAUGUUGCUUAACCACUUUACUGUACACAGACUGCCUCAAAUUGAACUGCAAACAAAAAUAGUACAUAAUACUCGAUGUAUGAUUUAGUUGUAUUGUUCCGUUUAUAAAAUUAUUUAAUUUUUUUUUUUACAAUUCAGACGUUAAAUUAAUCCUAACAAUAAUUCUGUUAUUAAUAACAGUUACCAAUUAUUAAUAAUUAUUAAACAAUUAGCAAUAACAAUGAACAAUUGUCAGUGAUACUUAUUAAAAUGCAUGAUGUAAGUGAAGUCGUUAGAAUCCUUUGAAUGGAGUGUUCUACUAUCGUAAUAGAAUAGUAUCUCCAAAAAAAACAUUGUUCGAAAACGACAAAAAAAUUUACGCCUUCCAUACUGUAACUUUUGAAUUAGAAUGGAGGCUUAAAUUUUUUUGUUUUUUUUUUUUAUUUUUAACUCAGUAAAGAAGAGAGUUCUCAAUUCAGUUUUUUUUUAUGUUUAUUACCUUAUAACUCUGUCAGUUGUAAACUGAUUUCCAAAACUUUUUUUUUUUAUAUAAAAGAAUAUAGUUAUAGAUUGAUUCCAUAGAAAUUUUAUCAAAAUCGAUUGAGCAGUUUAGUUUUGAAAUCAAAAUAAUUGGUUUUGUCGUAUUUGAAGUCUUUUUUUGUAGAAUUUUUUGUAUGAAUUUUUUAUUAAUUAAAUUUCUAUGGAUAUGGGUAUAUACUUAGUUAUAUGUACCUCUAACGAUUUCGUUUUCAUCCUAUGUACCUGUCUUAUAUAAAUACGCGGUUUUUUUUUGCAAACACUUAAAAAUACAUAUUUUAAUAAUAUUUUCUUUAAUAUUUUACGACUAUAAUUAAUUAUUUAAAGUUUUUCAUAACUUCACCGUCCUUGCUUGAAUGUUCCUGAAAUCGAUAUGAAUUUAUGAAGUUACAUUCUUUUGUUUAUUUUAUUAUUUUCUGAAUGACAGCUGUCUUAGCUGGUUUCUGUAACAAAUUGGAAGUUAGUUGUCAUGGAAAAAAAAUUACUAUGCACUAUGUAAUAGAGCUGUAUUUCUAUUUAUUGUAUAGAAAUUAUAUUCAAUAAUGAUGAAUUUCAUAUUAAGAAUGUAUAUGACCAACUUUUUUUUUAUUUUAUUUGAAUUUCGAAGAGGAUCAAAGGAAAAAAUAUAUGAGGAUAUUGUAAUGUAACUACCGGUUGUACUUAUGUGUAAUUAAUUUCUUUUUUAAAAGGCCGGCAGCACACCUGUUAUGCCUUUGGUUUUGCGGGUGAUCAUGGGCGGCGGUAGUUACUUACCAUUAAGUGAGCCGUGUGCAUGUUUGCUCCGUGUGUUAUAAAAAAAAAUUUGCUUACACUCAACGCUUAACAGGCGCGCAUUCAAAUCCGUGCUAACGUCACAGUCAGUCACAGAAUGGUCCUGAAAUUAGUCGAGCUUUCUUAACUUAUAUAUAAAGAAUGUAAAACUUCAAGAUUCUAGACACAGUGGUUUCUGCUGCACUUUGUUAUAUGGGUCAGUCUGUUAACGAACACCCUCUUUUAUGUGUGUAUGUGUUUUAUUACAUUUUGUAACUGCGAACACGUCUUAACAGUCAAAUUAAUAAUUAGGUUCAUGUUAUUAAUUUUUUUAUGCAACUUAGAAUGGCAAACAAGCUGACGGCCCACAUGAUGGAAAGUGGUAACCGUCGCCUAUAGACAUGAGCAGUACCAUGCACAUAACAGAGUAUACUGUUUCGCCCAUGAUAUCCCCGCCUCCCAUUUGUUACCAUUCCUGAGGACUAAUGUGUUAUUCCUCUGUACCCAGUAAAUUCACGCCAUAUCCCACCCUUCAAAUCGAAACACAGCCAUGCAAACACAACUACUUCACGGUGGAAAUACGAAUGGGAUAGAGGUGCCCAAACAAACGACUUUUGUACAAAGUCUCCCUCUGGUAAUAAUUUAUUUUUGUUUGUGUACAUAAUGUUAAUCUUUAUAAUCUGUAUUAUUCUUUGAAAAGAACAAUAAAGUUUUCAUUUAUUUAUUCAUUCAUUCAUUCAUUCAUGUAAAUAAUCCAUAAAAUGGAGAUACAGCUCUGUAUAGUUAAAUAUUUUACCACGCAUGUUAUUUUUAUUAUUUCUUAUGUUACUAGUUUAUGUAAAUAGAUUAAGGUUAAAUUAUACAGUUUACGGUUUUAAGGUCUCAAUGGAAGAUUUUUUAAUUGUAGUCGAGUGUCUUUUGUCUGGAAUCUUUCUAAAUAAUAAAUGGGAUAAAUAUUUUGCAUAAUAUGUUCGUAGGUUUACGUUAAGGGCGUUUAUAACUUUUGCUUACCGAAGUGUGGCAACGUCGGAAUUAUCUGUAAAUUUUCAAAAAUUGUUCAAACAGUGGCGGAUUUGCAGUCUUGGCCGCCCUAGGGCCCAGGCCAUGUACUAAGUACCAGCCACCUCUUUCUCAGCACCCCUCAUACAUAAUGAAUGUAAUUUUUUGCCAACUUUUAUCGAAAUCGAUUAAUGUAGUUAACUAUAAUAUCUGCUGGUUUGUAAUAUUAAAUAAAAAUAGAGGUAGGUUUUGAGAUUUUUUUUUUUGAUGGGUGAAAAUGGUAUGCCCGCCUGCGCUGACGCACGCUGGCGGAGCACCAGUGAAGUACCAGGUUUUGAGACUGGUGGCUCAGAAUCGAAAACGCAUUGUCAAAGAACCGAAUGGGUACUGACAAAACACUGCAUGGUAUCUUAGUAGCUUAGCAUAACGAUAUAAAAGUGGAGCAAAAUAUGUAAAUCUUAAAAAAAGACUUUCUUUUUUUGGUUAUAUUUUUUCUAUGUUUAUUACCUUGUAACUCCGUUAUUUUUAAGUUGAUUUGAAAAGUCUUUCUUUUUAUACAACUAACAAUGGCAACAAGCUGACGGCCCACCUGAUGCAAAGUGGUAACCGUCGCCUAUAGACAUGAGCGGUACCAUGGACAUAACAGAGUAUACUGUUUCGCCUAUAAUACUCCUCUAUGCGUUUUUUUUUUGUGUUUUUAUGUGACGGGAUAUACUUUCAAAUUAGUUUUUGUUAUUGUUAUAUCAAGCGUUAAGUAUUCAUUGCUGAACGUAAGGGGGGUUUUGUCAAUAAUUGCCAUGCUUGGCAGGCGGGUUGGCAACCGCAGUUUGAUUUUUGGUGACGUUUUAAGAGGGACGCUGCUGUCCAUCAUGUGCUCCCAUACUCGUCUCUAACGACAUCCACGGGAAAGAAAGGGGUGGCCUAUUCUAUGCCGGGACGUACACAGCUUUCAGAUAAGUCCCAUAGAAAUUUUUAAAUAGAAGUAACUGAUUUUGCCAGUUGGUUUUUUUUGAGCAACGAAAUCUAUUUUAGAAUUAGCCGCCUGUCCCGGCGUCGCACGGGUGGACAUUUUUACAUUUUAAAAAGUGGCCAUUAAGGCUGCACACGCGACGGAAGCUUAAAAAUGGAAUAACUUCUCCCGUUUUCCCUAAAUUUCCCUUCACUGCUCUGCUCCUAUUGAUCGUAGCGUGACGAAAAGUAUACUAUAACCUGCCCAGAAGUAUGAAGAAUAAUUGUAUCAAGUUUCGUUAAAAUCCGUCUAGUAGUUUUUGUUUCUAUAACGAACAUGCAGACAGACAGACAAAAAAUUUACUAAUUGCAUUUUUGGCAUUGGUAUCGAUCACUAAUCACCCCCUGAUAGUUAUUUUGGGAAUGUAUUUCAUGUACAGAAUUGACCUCUACAGAUUUAUUAUAAGUAUAGAUGGAUUACGUGCACGUCCACGAUAUCAUCGCGGAAAAUCAAAUGUUCCAAUGAUAACAAAUUUUGAAAAAUCUUCGCAAUUGACACAAGAUUGAUUACCUUACUAUUCUAAUAUGAAUCAAAAGAUUAAAUCGAAAAAAUAUGGUGGUAAGUCAAGUACAUAUAUAUAUGUUUAGGGAAAUGGUAAAAUAAAUAUAUAUUGUAUUAGUCACAGGUGUGGAUUUGUCUGCGGUAUUAGUGUUUUAGAACAAAAUAGUAACAUAUGGUUGUUGUAAGUGAAAAUGGUAAACCCUACAUGGAAUUGAUAAUUAAAGUUUUGUUUUUAAA